AUUCUCGGGAUUUGAAGAUGGCUGCUCAGUCGGCACCGAAAGUCGUGCUAAAAAGCACCACCAAGAUGUCUCUAAACGAGCGGUGGUGCAGCAUGAUGAUACGGUGUAUCCUGGCUGCAGUAGGCUUGCUGCCUAGUCCAAGACCAGCAGUGUUGUGUCUGGCCUGUAAGAGGCAGGUAGCAAGCCGCAACUAUGUCCAAAGGCCCCUGAAUGUCAUUCUUGGGCCUUGUAAGAGGCACUUGCUUUGCUCCAUUUCACUUUCUUUCCAUUCUGCUUUUUAGUUUGUUUUGUUUUGAAUUCUUUUGACAGCUGUGUGUUUUCUUCCAUAAAACUUAACAGAAAUGAUAGAAUGUCCUCAUAGGCUCUUAAGUGGCGGCAUUAAUUUAAUUUUCUCAGAAGUACUGAGUUAGAAAAAGUGAUUAUUUGAAGACUGAGAAAAUUUAUUUAAAGGCAGUUUUUGUUUCUGAGAGUUUCAUUUAUUUGGUGUCGUUCACCAUUUUAUCAUGUUGUUGCUAGAAGUUCCAAGGCAUUUAAUGUCUGUUUUUGCUUCUAAAGCAAAUGUACUUCUCUGCUCAUAUUUUAAGAUGUAAUACGUUAAUUACCUGUGUUCGUGUGUUACUAAGUAACAUGUUAGAAUGUAAUAAACUUACAUAAUUUGUCUGUACUAUUUCAGUGGACUUUAAAGGUGUUCUGGUUUUUCCUCCUGUUUGUCCUUAGAAUGAACCCUUCCCUCUCCAAAGGUGUAGGCAUUUUGUUUGUCUUUGUAACUGCAUCUCUGUCUCUUAUCAUCAUACUUGCUUAAUGCGUGUUUUUCAUACUUUCCACUUCUCUAAGAGCUGUUAUCUGAGCCCUUGUUAUCACUUUUAAUUGUGCUGCACUUGACUGCAUUCUGAAUUUCUGGUUCUUGCAAGUUUGUGGAAACAGAGGAGUCUUUAACCCACAUCCACCUUGAUCCAAAUGUGCCACUUUAAAGUUCGUGGGAUCUGGAGCUCCUGGUCUAGCAAGCCAUGAAAAUGCCAAUAAGUGUUUUAUAAUAAAGCUUUUAUUUAAACACCCAUUUUGUUCGACCUUGAAGCUUUACUAAUAUGCUGAAGAACAAACAGCCGAUGCCAGUGAAUAUUCGGGCUUCGAUGCAGCAGCAGCAGCAGCUAGCCAGUGCCAGAAACAGAAGACUGGCCCAGCAGAUGGAGAAUAGACCCUCUGUCCAGGCAGCAUUAAAACUUAAGCAGAAGAGCUUAAAGCAGCGCCUGGGUAAGAGUAACAUCCAGGCACGUUUAGGCCGACCCAUAGGUGCCCUGGCCAGGGGAGCAAUUGGAGGAAGAGGCCUACCCAUAAUCCAAAGAGGCUUGCCCCGAGGAGGAGGACUACGUGGGGGACGUGCCACCAGAACUCUGAUUAGGGGCGGGAUGUCUCUCCGAGGUCAAAACCUGCUCCGAGGUGGACGAGCCGUAGCUCCCCGAAUGGGCUUAAGAAGAGGUGGUGUUCGAGGUCGUGGAGGUCCUGGGAGAGGGGGCCUAGGGCGUGGAGCUAUGGGUCGUGGCGGAAUCGGUGGUAGAGGUCGGGGUAUGAUAGGUCGGGGAAGAGGGGGCUUUGGAGGCCGAGGCCGUGGCCGUGGCCGAGGGAGAGGUGCCCUCACUCGCCCUGUGUUGACCAAGGAGCAGCUGGACAACCAACUGGAUGCAUACAUGUCGAAAACUAAAGGACACCUGGAUGCCGAGUUGGAUGCCUACAUGGCACAGACAGAUCCUGAAACGAAUGAUUGAAGCCUGCCUGCCUACCCACUGUUAGACUCUUGUUAAAGUCACCACACCUAUAUUAAAAAAAAAAAAAAAAACUUGAGAAAACAUGAGAAGAAAUCUGAUUGAUGCUGGAAGGACCGGACCUAUCACAAUAGGUUGUGGACUUGCCUGCUACCAGAUGGGGCAUUUAGUCUGUUCCAUCUACUUUUUGAUACUGUGUUACAUGAAACCCUAUUUUCCUUUGAUUUGGUUGAGUUUGUUUUGUUGUUUAUCCAGUCACCCAGACUUCUAUUUCAACAGGAAUGCGUUGGCUUUGUGAGUAGAACCUUUUUCCAGUCUGCUUCACCUGCCAUGUACGCUGUCAUUUUAAUAUUUCUUCUGUUCAUCUUUAUGAUCCCAGAAAAAGUUCCCAGAAGGAGCCAGUGGGCUCUGGGAUAGAAUUCUACAUCUUCCUUAAAAGCUUUCUGGUCGUAGCUAAAACUCUA